CAGCCCAGCCCUGCCUCGGGCCCGCUGCGCGCUCACCGCAGACCAGCCUUGGGCGGCUGCCACCUAGAGACUGGAGGGAGCAGGGGGAGGGAAGCAGCCGCCGGCCCCGCUGCUCUAGCGAAGGCAGAGCCUCCCCUCAUUGGGGCUGCAGCCUGCGAGCGAGCGAGCCCGCCUGCAGAGCGCAGCGCCCGGGCAGGAGCGGAGCCGAGCGCGCCGCCCCUCUCUCUCCUCCUCGCCGCACUCUCGCCAGCAGCUCCCCGGAUCCCGGCCAGAUGAUGAACUUUCUGCGGCGCAGGCUCUCGGACAGCAGCUUCAUCGCCAACCUGCCCAAUGGCUACAUGACCGACCUGCAGCGGCCGGAGCCCCAGCAGCCGCCGCCGCCUCCCUCUGCCUCCUCUGCGGCUCCUGCCGCCGCCUCCCCGGCCGCGGAGCGCAGGCAGCAGCCGCAGUCGGCGCCACCCCAGCAGCAGCCGCAGCAGUCGGCGGGCAGCAGCUUCUUCAGCUCCCUCUCUAACGCCGUGAAGCAGACGGCAGCCUCUGCCGGCUUGGUGGACGCGGCAUCCGCCGCCUCCUCAGCUGCGGCCAAAAAGUUCAAGCUGCUGCUGGUCAUUGAGGAGCCGCAUACGGACUGGGUCAAGUGCUUUCGUGGGAAAAAGGUCCAUGGGGAAUAUGACAUCAGAGUUGAACAGGCACAAUUUUCAGAGAUCAACUUGAUAGCCCAUGCUGAUGGCAGUUACGCCAUUGACAUCCAAGCAUUCCGUAAUGGCACCAAAGUUGUCAGGUCAUUCAGACCUGAUUUUGUUCUUGUUCGACAACAUUCGUUCAGUAUGGCUGAGAACGAAGACUUCCGUAACUUAAUCAUUGGAAUGCAUUAUGCUGGUAUUCCCAGUGUCAACUCCCUAGAGUCAAUCUAUAAUUUUUGCGACAAACCUUGGGCGUUUGCCCAGCUGGUGUCCAUCUCCAAAACUCUGGGUGUGGAGAAGUUCCCUCUAAUUGAACAAACAUUCUACCCAAAUCACAAGGAAAUGUUAACACUGCCAGCAUUUCCAGUUGUCGUGAAGAUUGGACAUGCUCAUUCAGGCAUGGGAAAGGUUAAGGUAGACAACCACUACGACUUUCAGGACAUAGCCAGUGUGGUAGCACUUACCCAAACCUACGCCACCACUGAACCCUUCAUAGACUCCAAAUACGACAUCAGGAUCCAAAAGAUAGGCAGUAACUACAAAGCAUACAUGAGGACUUCCAUAUCUGGAAACUGGAAGACAAACACUGGCUCUGCAAUGUUGGAACAAAUCGCUAUGUCAGAUAGGUACAAGCUCUGGGUUGACACUUGUUCUGAAAUGUUUGGGGGUUUGGAUAUCUGUGCUGUCAAAGCUGUACAUGGCAAGGAUGGAAAGGAUUAUAUUUUUGAGGUUAUGGACUGUGCAAUGCCUUUGAUUGGUGAACAUCAGGUGGAAGACAGGCAACUUAUAACUGAUCUUGUUGUAAGCAAAAUGAACCAAAUGUUGUCCAAAACACCUAUACCAUCUCCUCAGAGACCAACUGCCACUCAACAGCCUCAGAGUGGAUCACUUAAGGAACCAGAGCCAAACAAAAUCCCACCUCAGCGACCACCACCUCAAGGGGGCCCAGUACAACCCCAAGGAACGCAAUCACAAAGCCAGGAGCCAUUGCAACCACAGCGCAUGUUCCCCCCGGGGCAGUCAGCAAAGCCCUCAACUUCCCAGCCACAGCGUCCACCUGGCCCUACAACUCAACAACCACAUGCCCAGGGUCAAGGUAUUUCCAGCGCCGGAUUAUCAAUGGAAGUGGAGCCAGAGCCACAACCUGCUUCACAGCAGAAACCUCAGUCUCAUCCACAGCUUAACAAAUCACAGUCUUUGACAAAUGCCUUCAGUUUCACAGAAUCAUCCUUCUUUCGAUCAUCCGUGAACGAGGAUGAAGCAAAAGCUGAAACCAUCCGAAACUUGAGGAAGUCCUUUGCUAGCCUUUUUUCUGAUUAGCCAUUUGAAGAUCAGUUUCAUGCAGUUGCAUAUGGCAUAUAGACUAGAACCUACAGUGAAUAUUAUUUAGUAUUUAUAUCCCUGUGACCCAUCCUCCAUUACUGUUCCAAGCAAUAUGUUAAUCUUUAAAAAGGUCUAUGAGGAGAUACAAUUCAGGUACACUGUAUAAAAUCUAUAUAAGAUGAGAGGAAAAGCUAUAUUAGAAGAAGUACAAAAUGCUUAAUUUUAUGGUCUUUGUCAAUUGUAACAUUGUGGCCUUACUAUGACUGCACUAUAUCAUCCUAUUGGAUACUCCUUCGUGGAAUUGUUGUAAUAAAGCAAUGUGUUAUGGGUUUCCCCUUGUUUUACCCAUCUCCAGUGCUUUGCAAUGCAUGUUUAUAUUCUGUUUUGUAUUGCAAGGAUAUAGUCUUAACCUGACUUGUUCUUGCCUCAGAUUAUUAUGAGGCAAAUCAUAUUGAUGUUUCCUGUUGUCGAGCCACUUUACUGUUGUGAGAAAUUAAAGCAGUUUUCUUCCUCCUUUGACAACCUUUCCAUCAACCAACUAUAGAGUUCUGAUAUAUUUGCUGAGAGUUAUCACUAGGCUAAAACAGUGAUGUCAUAAAUAGAGUAUGUGUAUGUACUAUUGUAUCCUCAUAGGUCUAUUGAACAUUUAUUUCCUAUUGUUAAUUUAAUAAUGAUCUCUGAGUUGUAAAGUAACAUGCAUGACCUAAUAAUGUUACCAAUAUUUUUCUGUACCCCUUCUAAUAAAUGCAAAGCCCUGUGCUUGGU